GACAAGCACGAACGGUUCGCCUAUCUCGCGUAAUAUCAGCGGCUUCGAAUUGAAAAAAUUCUAGUUUUCGCUAAUUUUCGUUAAUUAAACAAAGAAUUAAUGUUUUGAGAAAAUAAAAUCAGAAAACAAAAUAAAUGAUACAAAAUCGAGGAAAUUUUUGAGUUUUAAGGAUCGAAAACUACUCAUGUUUACUCGUAAUUAAUUGAGGUAUUUUAGUUUUUUUUUCGGAAUUUGUUGGAAAUUGCGAGUAAUCAGAGAAAUAAUUUUGAGUUGCGGGGGAGCGCAUACGGGGUCAAGGGCCACUCCACGCUCAAGUGGACCUCUCACAGCCACCGGCAUCGGGGGUGACGGUAAUAAAGAAGGAAAAUAGGAGUUCACGGCCUCUUCAAUAUGCAAUGCUUGUUGCUCUUGACACAAGUUUUCGGGCUGUACUUCAAUUCUGCGGAUGCCGGACCCGCAAAGGAGGUGAUUGUUGUUAAAAAAUGCGCUGUCAAUGGGACUACGUACUCUCACGGACAAACGGUAUCAUCAAGAGACCCAAACUGCCACUGUCUGUGUGUGGCUGGUGAUGUUUAUUGCUGGUGGGAAAACUACAAAGCGCGGAUGAUUUCGUCAGAUGGAUCGACGAUUGUACCCGGUGAAAUUGAGUUGAGUCAGCCGGUGUUUGUCGAUCGUGUUGAGGUCAAGGGGAACGCAAAUUCAAUCAUCAAGGGAGUGGAUGGAAAUGAUACAUUCUCACGGCAUGUCAGUUGUUUCAUCAUGGGAAAAGAAUACCAAGUAGGCGAAGUUCUUCCCCAUUCAACCGGAAAUUGUGUGGAGUGCAGCUGCGGUAGGGAAGGUCGUGUCGAAUGUUCGCCGCGUGAUUGCAUUGCCUUGAGACCACUAGACAUAUCAGUAGUUUCACCUAAUCUCGAUCACGAUACCCCCGAGAAUCAAAUCGAGCUCUUCGGUAUAUCCCGUGAGCGGGGAAUUGAUGAGAAUUUCUAAUGGAUCGACCAAUUCGAAAGAAUAGAACCAAAAAACAAAUAACGGAGAACCAUCGUAUAUCCGACAGAAAACACGUGCCUUAGUUCUUUUAUUUUCAUUAGACAGACAGGGGUCGAGGGAGUCGACUGAGUCUCGAUUAGACGUACAUUGAUUUUUCAUCCGAAUUUUUAUCCCGCGUUCGGUUUUCGGAGAGGGUCAGUCCUUUAUACAUUUAGAGGUGAGAGUAGAUUUCGAAUCUGCGUACUCUAAAUUCGGGGAAUUUAGUUUGAGGAGAUGCGAAUCGCUCAUUCAUUUGGUGUAAAAACGGAUAGGAUUUUUCCUUUCAAUUUUGCACGUAUGAAAAAAUUUAAUUAGGGAGGGCGGGGCAAAAUGGACACUCGACUUUUUCCUCAGUGCUCAUAAACUGGGAGUAAAUUUGUUAAUUGAGGUCAGCAUAGGGUCGUCACGAACGGGAAGAAAUGUACUUUUCAUUGAAAAAAAAUAAAAAUAUUUCAUUUCAUCGAAAAUCCAGUGAGUGAUUGAGAUUAGAAAAAAAGCCAUUUGUCCAUUUUCCCUCGUCACCUCUCAUGAAAUUCCAUGGAAAUUCUAUUGAAGAUAUAUGAUAAUUCUACUUGACAAUUCGAUUUGUUUUUUGCAAGGAUUUCUGUUGAAAAAAACGCAACU